GCACCAAGGCUUGAUUGUGUUCAUCUUCCCAGAAAAACUCAACCAAGGGGUACCUGCCCCUUUCUUUUUCAGCCUAACUUAUUGGAAAGGGAAGAUAACAAUCACGCCUUGAUCAUAACAACAUAAGAAAUUAAGCAAGUGGUGUUUGUUGGUUGUGUUGUUCAUUUUGUCUGGACAAAGAUAAAAUGAACAACGCAACCAUGGCACCGUAUAAUAUGUCAGAUAGAUCUCUAAUUUGCUACACGCCACUCAUGACAACAACAAAUGGUUUAUGGCAAGGCGAUAACCCUUUAGAUUACUCCCUUCCUCUCUUCAUCUUGCAAUUAACGAUGGUUGUUUGUGCCACACGUUUCUUUGUUUUCAUCCUCAAGCCCCUUCACCAACCGCGUGUAAUUGCUGAAAUUUUGGGUGGAUUGCUAUUGGGUCCAUCAAUAUUUGGUAGAAAUCUAAAAUUUGCCAAUGCCGUGUUCCCUCUGAAGAGUGUGAUGGUGCUGGAGACAAUGGCAAACAUGGGUCUCAUAUACUUCGUCUUCUUGGUGGGGUUAGAGAUGGACAUUUCGAUCAUCAAACGCACCGGAAAAAAGACGGUGUCCAUAGCCUUUGCUGGUAUGAUAUUGCCCUUUUUGAUUGCGGUUUGUGUCUCCCAUUUAAUAGAAGACAAAGACAAUAGCAUGAACCAAGCCAGCUAUGUGCUCUACAUUGGUAUUGUUCUAUCUGUCACUGCUUUCCCGGUGCUUGCUCGCAUGCUUGCUGAUCUCAAACUCAUCAGCACAGACUUAGGGAAGCUUGCUCUCUCAAUUUCUCUGAUCAACGAUGUGUUUGCAUGGAUAUUGCUUGCUCUAGCUAUUGCUUUAUCAGAGGCAAAUACUGGCACAUGGGCCUCUGUCUUGGUUGUAAUAUCAAACCUUGUUUUUGUUUCCUUCUGCUUUGUUAUUGUUAGACCAGCAGUGUCUUGGUUGAUAGAGAGAACCCCAGAGGGAAAACCCUUCAGUGAGUUCCAAUUAUGCAUUGUACUUACUGGUGUUAUGAUCUCAGCCUUCAUUACAGAUGUCCUUGGAACACAUUGUGCUUUUGGAGCUUUUGUGUAUGGCCUAGUAAUUCCAAAUGGCCCACUAGGAGCUGCUAUACUAGAAAAGCUUGAAGACUUUGUUUCCGGGCUUUUGCUUCCUCUCUUUUAUGCCAUUUGUGGGCUUAAGACUGAUAUCAAGUUGAUCAGUGGAGCUAGUACAUGGACUUUUGUACUCACGGUGAUUCCUCUCACUUGUUUUGGCAAGAUUUUGGGGACUUUCUUUAUUUCACUCAUUUUCCAGAUACCAAACCGUGAUGGAGUUGUUCUUGGUUUACUCAUGAACUCUAAAGGCCUUAUUGAAAUGAUUGUGCUAAAUGUUGGGAGGGAACAAAAGGUCUUAGGAGAUAAAAUAUUCUCAGUUAUGGUAAUUGUAACACUCGUAAUGACAGCAGUCGUUUCACCCAUUGUAACAUUAAUUUACAAGCCAAGAAAAAGGCUCAUACCUUAUAAAAGGAGAACAAUACAGAAUUCAAGACUUGAUGCAGAGUUACGGGUGCUGGUGUGUAUUCACACCCCUAGAAAUGUCCCCACACUAGUUAAUCUCCUUGAAGCAACUCAUCCCCACAAAAGGUCUCCCAUAUGUGCUUAUGUGCUCCACUUAGUUGAACUCACUGGUAGAGCUUCUGCCAUGCUCGUUGUCCAUGCUAAUAGACAAUCAGGAGGUCCAGCCCUCAACAAAACACAAGCACAAACUGACCACAUCAUCACUGCAUUUCAGAACUUUGAGGAACAUGUUGGUCAUACUCAAGUCCAACCCUUAACAGCUAUUUCCCCUUACUCUACCAUGCAUGAAGACAUAUGCAAUCUAGCUGAGGAUAAAAGGGUAUCCCUAAUCAUCAUUCCUUUCCAUAAGCAACAAACAGUUGAUGGAGAAAUGCAUGACACUAUUCCAGCAUUCAGAAUGAUUAACCACAAUCUAUUACAAAAUUCACCUUGCUCAGUUGGGAUACUUGUGGAUAGAGGCCUUAACGGAUCUAACCGCUUGAUCGGAAAUCUAGCAUCUCAUAAGGUGGCUGUAUUAUAUUUCGGAGGGCCAGAUGAUAGAGAGGCACUAGCUUAUGGAUGGAGAAUGUCAAGGCAUCCAAGGGUUCACCUUACUGUCAUGCAUUUCACUCCAAGCAAGCAUCCAACUCAAACUCCGGAAACAGAUCACUUGUGGGCUAAUAUUGAUCGAAGUUUCACCAUUAUAAAAAAUGGGAGGGAACACACACUAGAUGAGGAGUAUAUAAGUGAGUUCAAAAAGAUGAUUACAAAUGAUGAUUCAGUUGUUUACAUAGACAAGGUUGUGAAUAAUGGGGAGGAAACCGUUGCAGCAAUAAGAUCAAUAAACAAUGUCAAUGACUUGUUCAUAGUUGGGAGAGGGCAAGGUACAAUGUCACCACUAACAGAUGGCCUAACAGAUUGGAGUGAGUGUCCUGAGUUAGGAGCCAUUGGGGAUUUGCUAGCUUCUUCAGACUUUGAAACAACAGCUUCAGUGUUGGUGAUGCAUCAAUAUGUUGGGCAAGGCCCAGAUGGGGAGGAAAAUUUUGUGGUUGAAAGACCAUGGCAAACAAGUGAACACUACCAUAACAUGAAACAACAACAAAACAUGCAAAGAUAUACAAUGCCAAUGGGAAUGGGGCAGUCUCUUUUAUAAUGUUUCCUUUUUUGAGGUUUUCUUGUUACACGUAAUCAAGAGGGACAAAAACAAGUACAAAUCAAACACAAGGGUGGAUAUGUACAUGUUAAUGUAAAUCUUUCCAAAUUAGCCCAACGCUAUGCAUGUACAGUUCGUGCCAGAGUCUCAUAAGAGCAUACUACCGUUGAAGUGCGGUGAUAGAUGCUCAUGGAAAGUGGUCACCCUUUGAAGCUUUUGUGUGCAGUUUGUUGUGCCACAAUUGUGGAUUUUGGAUUUGGCAAUGGGGUGGGGCUUGUCCAUUUAUGCAAGACAAGAAAAGGAGGAAAAGGGUUGACUUCAAAUGUAUAAUAACAAAAGAUUAUAGUUUAUUCUCCAGCUUAAUUUGCUAUAGAAAGAAAAGGAUAUCUUUGAA